AUUUGUAAAGAACUCUUCCUCUGAACUUGUGAUGUUUCAUCAUAUAUACAACUGAGAUAUCAAACCUUUUACAUUCCUGUUACUGGACCAAAAAGAUGACCUCUAUUAUUAAAUUAACUACCCUGUCCGGGGUCCAAGAAGAGUCUGCUCUUUGCUAUCUUCUCCAGGUUGAUGAGUUUAGAUUCUUACUGGACUGUGGCUGGGAUGAGCACUUUUCUAUGGAUAUUAUAGAUUCCCUGAGGAAGCACGUUCACCAGAUUGAUGCAGUGCUGCUGUCUCACCCUGACCCUCUCCACCUUGGCGCCCUCCCUUACGCUGUGGGAAAGUUGGGUCUGAACUGCGCUAUCUAUGCAACCAUUCCUGUUUAUAAGAUGGGACAGAUGUUCAUGUAUGACCUUUAUCAGUCUCGACACAAUACAGAAGAUUUUACACUCUUUACGUUAGAUGAUGUGGAUGCAGCCUUUGAUAAAAUACAGCAGCUAAAAUUCUCUCAGAUUGUGAAUUUGAAAGGUAAAGGACAUGGCUUGUCUAUCACACCUCUGCCAGCUGGCCAUAUGAUAGGCGGGACAAUAUGGAAAAUCGUCAAAGAUGGAGAAGAAGAAAUUGUUUAUGCAGUUGACUUCAACCACAAGAGGGAGAUCCACUUAAAUGGAUGUUCCCUGGAGAUGCUAAGCAGACCCUCUCUGCUCAUCACAGACUCAUUUAAUGCUACUUAUGUGCAGCCUAGAAGAAAACAGAGAGACGAGCAGCUUCUGACAAAUGUCCUGGAAACCCUUCGAGGUGACGGAAAUGUAUUAAUAGCAGUGGAUACUGCAGGCAGAGUUUUGGAACUUGCUCAGCUUCUUGAUCAGAUUUGGAGAACUAAAGAUGCAGGAUUGGGUGUUUACUCACUGGCACUCCUAAAUAAUGUCAGUUAUAAUGUGGUGGAGUUUUCUAAGUCCCAGGUAGAAUGGAUGAGUGAUAAACUGAUGAGAUGUUUUGAAGACAAAAGGAAUAACCCUUUUCAGUUUCGCCAUCUUUCUUUGUGCCAUGGUCUGUCAGAUUUGGCUCGAGUACCCAGCCCCAAAGUUGUCCUUGCCAGCCAGCCUGAUCUGGAAUGUGGAUUCUCAAGAGAUCUCUUUAUUCAGUGGUGUCAAGACCCUAAAAACUCAAUCAUUCUAACUUACAGAACUACUCCUGGGACUUUAGCACGUUUCCUAAUUGAUAAUCCUUCUGAAAAAAUUACAGAAAUAGAGUUGAGGAAACGUGUGAAGCUUGAAGGAAAAGAACUUGAGGAAUACUUGGAAAAAGAGAAAUUAAAGAAAGAAGCUGCUAAAAAACUUGAGCAAUCAAAAGAGGCGGAUAUAGAUUCCAGUGAUGAGAGUGAUGUUGAAGAAGAUAUUGACCAGCCAUCAGCUCAUAAGACAAAGCAUGACCUGAUGAUGAAAGGCGAAGGUAGUCGUAAAGGAAGUUUCUUCAAACAGGCAAAAAAGUCUUACCCUAUGUUUCCUGCCCCAGAAGAAAGAAUUAAAUGGGAUGAGUAUGGAGAAAUUAUCAAAGACUUAUUAUUUAGACCGGAGGAUUUUUUAGUGCCAGAACUUCAAGCUACUGAAGAAGAAAAAAGCAAAUUAGAAUCUGGUUUGACAAAUGGAGAUGAACCCAUAGAUCAGGAUUUAUCUGAUGUUCCAACUAAGUGUAUUUCUACAACAGAAUCUAUUGAAAUAAAAGCCAGAGUUACUUACAUAGACUAUGAAGGACGCUCUGAUGGAGAUUCCAUUAAAAAAAUCAUUAAUCAGAUGAAACCACGCCAGCUGAUAAUUGUCCACGGCCCACCAGAGGCCAGUCAAGAUCUGGCAGAGUGCUGCCGUGCGUUUGGUGGGAAAGACAUUAAAGUGUACAUGCCGAAGCUGCAUGAAACAGUCGAUGCCACCAGUGAAACACACAUCUACCAGGUGCGAUUAAAAGACUCACUCGUCAGCUCCCUUCAGUUUUGUAAGGCAAAAGAUGCUGAAUUAGCGUGGAUCGAUGGCGUCUUAGACAUGAGAGUUUCCAAAGUGGACACAGGAGUUAUUUUAGAAGAAGGAGAGCUCAAGGAUGACGGAGAAGACUCAGAAAUGCAAGUGGAUGCUCCUUCAGAUUCCAGUGUGAUAGCACAACAGAAAGCCAUGAAAAGUCUGUUUGGAGAUGAUGAGAAAGAAACGGGUGAAGAAAGUGAGAUCAUCCCCACUUUGGAGCCCUUGCCACCUCACGAGGUUCCUGGACAUCAGUCAGUUUUUAUGAAUGAACCAAGACUAUCCGACUUCAAGCAAGUUCUUUUACGGGAGGGGAUUCAAGCUGAAUUUGUAGGAGGUGUACUUGUUUGCAACAAUCAAGUAGCUGUCCGUAGAACGGAAACUGGACGCAUUGGAUUAGAAGGCUGUCUUUGUCAAGAUUUUUAUAGGAUAAGAGACCUUUUGUAUGAACAGUAUGCCAUCGUAUAAAGGACACGAUGUCAAGAAGUAUCUGCUUGACCUUUCUGAGAAAAAGGGUUUCUUACCUUAUCCUAAGCUUUUGCUCCUUUAUUUUGUAGCAUACAAAAAGAAUCUGCCAGAAAAACUGAACAUGUAUUAAAUUUUUAAAAAUGUAAAGAGGGCCAGGAAUAUAGCUCAGUGAUAUAGUGCUUGCCUAG